CUCAGUCACGCAUCCUGCUAGGAGGGUCGCUCGCACUUAGCGGUCACCCGGCCUCCAUGUUGGCAGCGGACGGUAGUUAGAUCGGGAGUGGGAGUGGCCGUGGGAUAUGAACCGGCUCUCUGAGCAUCGUUUCCUGCCAACGCAACUCAAUUGCCCGGAAGAAGCGAGUGAUCCCCUUCUCCCAUUCGAGCGAGAGGUAUCACUAGAGACAACAAGAUAACAAUGGUGGUUGAAGUCGGUUCUUUGAACCGCAAUGCGUUGGAACCUUUCAAGACGUGGCGCCUCGGGAGUUCAGCUUGCGAAGACGACGGCGGUAUAAACAUCGAUUCUCACCUUUUCUCGCCACAGGCUUUGAGAGAAUGUGCCAAGCAUCAGGCCAACUGCCCUUCAGCUACAAUCUUCAGACGUACCUUGGUUAACACGAAUGAUCAUGGCCCGGAGCAUGGGUCAAAAACAUCUGCAACAACAUCCACUGGGACUGCCCAGACAAACCCAAUCACCCCUUCACCGACCACUCCGCCAAUGGCACCAUCUUUCGUCUUCGCCACCAGCCAGGAGAAACCAAACUUCGUUUUCUCGAGCCAACCGUCAUCAUCCAAAAGAGUGAAACGCUGCAGAGCCGAGUCCGAUGUUGAUGGCCCAUACACAGCCGGGCUGAGUUGCAAAAAGCGUCGCUUGAGACUUCAUCUCAUAACAAGUAGACUCUCUCAGCCCUACUCCUUACCCGCAACACACAUCAUCAACCGUGAAGCCAGUCCUUUGGGCGACAAGCGUUUCGUGAAGCUGGCUGCUGUGGCCACGUCGCCCGAGGUCGGCAAACAGGGCCUGCUUCGAGAAAGCUCCAUCAUGUUGAGAGCGGCGGUACUCAAUAGAAUUCGGCUUCGAGUUCGGAAUGAGGCGACGCAGCGUGGUGAUAUCGGUGUCGCAGUCACAGCCGCGAACGCAGCCGUGCUUCACCACGGCCAGCAGCUAGCCACAGGAGCUAGGUUUGUCGCACAAUCGCCGGCACACCCAGAACACCGACAGCAACCACCGCCGGCAAGAGUUGUUUUGAUGCGACCGGGGAUCUCGCCAGGUACUCCUCAUCCAACUGGUGCCCUAUCCGUCCAGGCACAGAGAAAACCAUCACCUCCCUGGACGCCUCAAUCGUCCCGAAUACAACCUGUAUCGCCGAGGUUGAACCCAACCCGGUCACCAGUCCUAGCUCCUUCAAGCACAAUGCUGGAUGAGAUGGAGGAUGACGGACUUUUGGCGUUUCCCACAUCAACCCACGAGUGUUCCUACGCAUGGGCCGACGACGACGAUCUGGAAGAUGUGUACUCUGACUUUGGAGCCAUUUUCGGAGGAUCGGCACAGACUGGCGAGACCGAGGACGACGGUAAUUCUUACGAGGAAUAUCUCGAUGAAUUGGAUGGCAUUUCCUGGGUCGGUGGCAGAUAGCGCCGUUGGAUUCCGCGUGAAGGAAAAUCAACUUGGGUGAAUCCCAAGUUUAAAACAAAAGCGAGGAGGUUAUCAGUAACCUCAAUGAGCUCGCCAAGGUAGAAAAAAGGCAUCGAAACCAAUUGAAGUCGCAAGGUGACCAACUGGCUCUGUCCAAGGACAUACGAAAUGAGCGCCGUA